AUGCAGCAUAAAUCUCACCAACCCCUGCAGCCCUGUGCCAGCAAAUACCUGCAGUUCAGGUGGGAUAAGAGUGGCUAUGACAUACACAAGAAAAAGGUUCAGUCUGCGAAGGCCACAGUUAACACAACUCCACCUAAGAUCUAUAAUCACAUUCUUCUGAAAAGGAAAAAGAAAAUGAUGGAGGAAGAACGACUUUCAACGAUUCAAAGAGACAAUCGGAUGCUACUGGAUAAAAUAUCCCACAUCAAGCAAACCUCUGGUCAGAUUGAUUGUAGAAAUGAGUAUGUGAAUAAAAGGCUUGACACAGACAAAAGACAAGAAGCUCUGCUUGAAAUUGUGAAAGAUAAUAAGAUAAUUCUUCGACAUUUAUCACAGUGCACACCGUACUACAGUGUACAGGUGUGGAACGAACAGUGGAUAAAAACACUUGAUCUAAUGAAGAGCAUUGGACGAUUCCCACCAUUAAGCCAUGCUCAGAUAAGAGACCUGUAG